UGUCGGGAGGCCUCAGGGAGCAGCAGCCUGGGUGCUGGGUGUCGAGAUGCCUGCGGGAGCACCUUGUUUCUGGUCUCUGAGUCUGUGACGCUGCGGAAGGAAGAUGCUGAGGAGGACAGUGCGAGUGAUCUGUCUGAAUCCGAGAGAGUCCCCAUCCCUCCUUCUCCCCUCACACCACCGCACCUCGAGCUCCGUGCCGAAGACAUUGACCCACGUUCCUUUGAUCUUCACCUAGGGCAGGACCAGACGAAGCCUGAACACGCGUACCCCAGCUUCCUUCCACGCCCGUACAGCUGCUGGGAUCUGCGGAACAUGGCCUCGCUUCUGCACGCGGAGCACCGAGCCGAGGCGGUGCCGCGUGUCGGAGGACUGCUCGGCAGGUUCCUGGACAGGCUUCUCCAGCUCGAGUGGCUACAGAUGCAGACGGUGCAGUGUGAGAAAAGCAAGGGGGGCAAAGUGAGGCUUCCCCCCGGCCCCGGGGCACCCGGGGCCCUGAAAAGCCCAGGGCGAAGCAAGUUCUUGGCCAGUGCACUGUCCAAGCCACCGCUUCACCAGGAAGUGGCUUCAAAGUCGGGCCCAUCCCGAAAGAAAGUUUUCCACCGUGAAGAAGUCCGUCCAUCGUGUUAUGCGUUCGAGGCUUGCCUCAGACCUACUGACGCGCUCGGUGGUACCAGGUUAUGUUCUCAGGAGCAAAAGACCCAAGUCAAGUCAGAAGAGAAAAGAAAGGAGCCGAGCCAGAGCGCCAGGCUGCAGUACUGGGAUGUGUCCUGCAGUGGGCGCAGCCCCAAGGUGGAAGCCAGCGGUAACAUUCGAAUUCCCAGAUGCUCAGCCACGACUCUGGACUCAGCAGACCCCUGUGAGACCCCCAAGACACAGACACCUGCAAACCUCAAGAAAAAGGGAAAUGCAAACAAUUGUGGGAAUGCCACCAUGUCCAGCGAGAAAAAACUCAGAACAAAUAGAGCGAAACAAAGCACACACAGGUUAAAAAAUCGUUGAAAUGGUGUGGACCCUCAGGCAUCUCGGUGUCGGGGCGCUUCCAAAAUCAACUGCUCUGUGACUUGGAAGAUUUGGGGGACGUACAGGUAGUUGAUUGGCUGUCUUAUCCACCCCGCCCCGCCCCCAGCUCUACCACGAGCAGGGGUAUUUUCAGAGAGAGCUGUCUUUCUGAAGGCCUUUUUUGUACUGAUAGUUUUAAGCACAUCGGAGCCCUUUAAUUUAAAAAGUAUCACA